UGCUUUAAUUUCUCGUCUCCUCACAAAUAAGCUCUCUCUCGUAGGGAAUAAGAAAAGAAAUUAAAAAGAAAGUUGGAUCAGGAGACGGGAAAAAGGCGCUUGGUUUUAUUAUAGGAGCACAGGGGGAGGGGGACUUGUGUUAGAAUGGAAGCGUUCCAAACCGGAACCCAAUCCCGGAGGCGCAUGAAUAAUCAUCCACCAGUUCGAGUAGUGGUGGCAGAAGAAGUAGUAGCCCUCCUCCCUGUUGCCGUAUUGCUGCUGCUGCUGUUUCCCCAAUCUCCUCCCCAUCCCUAUCUCCAUCACCCCGACGCCUCUGCCGCUGUCGUGGCGCAGUUCGUGGUGUUCAAGUUGGGAUUAUUAUUGGGCUUGCUGUUUUUGCUGCUGCUGCGAUCGGUGGUGAUAUUAUUGUUCGGCGCGGAGAUCCAACCGCACAUCGGCUCUCCUUUUACUGGGCUGGGGUGUAUAUUAGCGGACGAGGCAUUUCAUUGUUGUCGCGAGCGAACCCUAGAGGAGGAGGAAAAGGGCAGGAGUUUUUCCGUGACUUUGUUGUUUGGCGGUGGCCUCGGGAGGAGGAGAUUGGAUCUAGGGUUGAGGGGAGGCGGUGGUCUCCGAUCGCCGCCAUGGACGACGGGGACGGCGCGGCGGGGAAGGCGCCGGAGGAGGCGGAGGCCCCGGCCGCCGCGGCUGCGCCGACGUCCCCGCCGGUGCCUCCCGCCGCAGGGGCCGCGGCGGGUCCUGUGUCAGCGGGCAGCGCGGGCGCGUCUGGUUCUUCGGAGAAGCCCGUGAAGCGGAUGAUGAAGAGCCCCUACCAGCUCGAGGUCCUCGAGAAGACGUAUGCAGUGGAGCAGUACCCGUCGGAGACGCUGCGGGCGGAGCUGUCCGCGAAGAUAGGCUUGUCGGACAGGCAGCUGCAAAUGUGGUUCUGCCACCGGCGGCUCAAGGACCGGAAGCCUCCCACAAAACGGCAACGAAGGGAGGAAGAGGCUGCAGCGGGGCCAUUGAUGGCACCUCCACCAGUGUUGCCGCCCCCAACACUUCCGCUGGCAAGCGGUGAGCUACUGAUCAGCGGUAGCAGCCCAUAUGAUGAGCCACCGCCGAUGCCUCCUGUUCAUUCGCGAAGGGGUGCAGGGCGGUCCUCAGCUGUGCCCAGGUUAUCUGCGCCAGAUAUUGGGCGGAGGUAUUAUGAGCCUCUGCCAGUAAUGCUACCACCACCAGUAUCAUCGAUGCAGCUCACAACAUCUGAGCUCCGGGUGAUUCAUUCCGUGGAGUCACAACUUGGGGAGCCACUGAGGGAGGAUGGGCCAGUGCUUGGAGUUGAAUUUGAUCCACUUCCUCCUGGCUCCUUCGGCGCACCAAUAGUUCCAGAGCAACCAAAGCAGCCUGUGCGAUCUUAUGAUACAAAGAUAUAUUCUAGGCAUGAUUCAAAUCUCUUAAAGGCCUCAGCUUUCUUCCCCAGUGUGGAACACCCAUUUGUUCCAAAUUCGAUUGGUGGGAAGAGAAAGUUAAUGGUUGGUAAUCCACCGGUUCACCCUCAUGCUGGAUCACGGGCAGUCCAUGAGUAUCAAUUUCUUCCUGAGCAGCCAAGUGAUAGGUAUGAGGGAUCAAGCAGAUCUCGUUAUUAUGACACUCCUGUUGAAGCAUCGAAUUCGAGGAUGUCAUCACACACCCCAGGAUCUCAGCUUCUUCAUGGAUCUGAGGAGGCAGCACUUGGUUAUCCUUUCCAAGGUCAAAUAUCUGGUUCUGGCCUUUUACCUCAAUCAGGCAGGCCUGAGGUGCUUCCAGCUGUACCAACAGAUUAUGAGAUGAUUCAGUCUAAUAGCAACCUUAAUUCUGUUCCAGUUGAAGGCCAGUAUGGUAUUUCUCAGGUUGCUGGAUUUGAAAACUCACUUCUACCAUCUGAAAGAAGAGCCUAUCAUGACGAAGAUGGUUCUCGAGUGGAUAGAAAGCGAAAACACAACGAGGAAGCAAAAAUUGCAAAGGAAGUUGAAGCUCAUGAAAAACGAAUUAGAAAGGAGCUUGAAAAACAGGACAUGAUGAAGAGAAAGAGAGAGGAACAGAUGCGCAAGGAGAUGGAGAGACAUGAUCGUGAAAGAAGAAAAGAAGAAGAGAGAUUGCUGCGUGAGAGGCAGAGAGAACAAGAGAGGUUCCAAAGAGAGCAAAGGCGUGAACAUGAGCGUAUGGAGAAGUUUAUGCAGAAACAGUCUAGACGAGCAGAGAAGCAGAGGCAAAAGGAGGAGCUCCGGAAGGAGAAAGAGGCUGCAAGGCAAAAGGCUGCCAACGAAAGAGCCACAGCACGCAGAAUUGCACGGGAAUACAUGGAACUUGUGGAAGAUGAGCGUUUGGAACUAAUGGAAUUGGCAGCACAAAGCAAAGGGUUGCCAUCCAUGCUUUAUCUUGACAGUGACACGCUGCAGCAGCUUGAUUCAUUUAGAGGCAUGUUGAGUCCAUUUCCCCCUGAAGUGGUGAGACUGAAGGUGCCAUUUUCGAUAAAGCCUUGGACAGUAUCUGAGGAUAAUGUUGGAAAUCUUUUGAUGGUGUGGAAAUUCUCUAUUACUUUUGCUGAUUUUCUUGGGCUUUCUUCAGUUACACUUGAUGAGUUUAUUCAGUCUCUCCAUGAUUACGAUUCAAGGUUUUUGGGGGAACUGCACAUUGCUCUGCUGAAAUCCAUCAUAAAGGACAUUGAAGAUGUCUCCCGAACUCCAUCAGUUGCAUUGGGGGUGAAUCCAGGAGGUGGUCAUCCACAAAUUGUUGAAGGGGCAUAUGCUUGGGGGUUCAAUAUACGAAGCUGGCAACGCCACCUGAAUGUUCUUACUUGGCCUGAAAUAUUACGACAAUUGGCUUUAUCUGCUGGUUUGGGGCCUCAGUUAAAGAAAAGGGACGCUGAAGAUGUUUAUUCUCGAGAUGACAAUGAGGGUCAUGAUGGUAAGAUCGUCAUAUCCACGCUCCGAAAUGGUUCAGCGGCUGUGAAUGCUGCUGCUUUGAUGAAAGAAAGAGGCUACACCAAUCGCCGUAGAUCUCGGCACCGUCUUACUCCUGGAACCGUAAAAUUUGCUGCUUUCCAUGUGUUAUCCCUUGAAGGAAGUAAAGGUCUCACAAUAUUAGAAGUUGCAGAAAGAAUCCAGGAAUCUGGAUUGAGAGACCUCACAACGAGCAAGACACCUGAGGCGUCUAUAUCUGCUGCCUUGUCAAGGGAUACAAAACUUUUUGAGCGAACUGCUCCUUCAACAUACUGCGUCAAGUCCCCUUAUAGAAAAGAUCCAGCUGAUUCUGAGAUUGUGCUGUCAUCAGCACGAGAAAAGAUUAGGGCUUUUCAUAAUGUGCUUUCUGACUCUGAUGCUGAAAAGGAGGCUGAUGAUGCUGAGAGGGAUGAAGAUUCUGAAUGUGAUGAUGCUGAUGAUGAUCCUGAUGGUGAUGAUGUGAAUAUUGAUGUGGGAGAUGGCAAGGAUCCCCUAAUUGGUGUUAAAGAACAGGAUGGAGUACCAAUUAUGACUGCAGUAAAUAGCACACAGAGGGUAGAAGAAAGAGUGGGUACAUUAACCCAACCAAGUGCUUUUACUAAAUCUGGAAAAGUAGAUCCCAAUCCUUCUUUAGAUACAUCUAGUGAUUCACCUGCCAGAGAGACGUCAGAUUAUCAUGAAAUAGCUCCUAGUGAUGCUGAAGAUCAGGAGAUUGAUGAAAGCAACCAAGGUGAAUCUUGGGUCCAGGGAUUAGCAGAAGGUGACUACUGUGACCUUAGUGUCGAAGAACGGCUCAAUGCACUGGUCGCACUUGUUGGCAUUGCCAAUGAAGGGAACUCUAUUCGAGCUGUGCUUGAGGAACGCUUGGAAUCAGCAAAUGCCUUAAAAAAGCAAAUGUGGGCAGAGGCACAACAUGAUAAGAGACGUACCAAGGAAGAGUUUGCCAGCAGAGUGCAAUAUAAUUCCAACAUGAAUUUGAAGGCUGAUGUAAAUCAAGAAAAUGGUACUGAGAGUACUACAACUCCAUGUCGUAAUGUUGAUAAAGAUAAUGAUGGAAAUGCUGGGGUUGUGAAUAAUAAUAAUGAGAUAAUUGACCAUAACAGCAAUGCUGUUAACACAUCUUAUGAGAGGAAUGGUUCAGGGCAGGACAUAACUGCAACAGCAGAUACUUUGUCGGUUCAGCAGUAUGCUUAUGCUGAUAAAACACGCUCUCAGUUGAGAUCGUACAUUGGUCAUAGAGCAGAGCAGCUCUUUGUUUAUAGGUCACUGCCCCUAGGACAGGAUCGGAGACGAAACCGAUAUUGGCAGUGUUCAACUUCUGCAUCACCAAAUGACCCUGGUUCAGGACGAAUUUUUUUCGAAUCCAGAGAUGGAUACUGGAGGGUUCUUGACUCAGAGGAGGCAUUUGAUUCUUUAGUAGCUUCCCUUGAUACACGUGGCAGCAGGGAAGCACAGUUGCAUUCAAUGCUACAAAGGAUCGAAUCAACCUUUAAGGAGGCCAUUAAGAGGAAAAAUGGUGCAGUUGUAGAACAAUCAGCUGGAAGGUAUCUAAAGAAUGGAGCUAUGGAAAUGAUAAGGGCAAGUUCUCGUAGUGAGUUUGGAAGCCCAAGCAGUAGUCUUUCUGGUGUCACUUCUGAUAGUGCCAUGGCAUUUUCAGAUUCUUUCAAAAUAGAGCUUGGGCGUAAUGAUGUUGAGAAGACUGCUAUUUCAAAAAGGGCAGAUGGCUUUAUAAGAUGGAUGUGGAGGGAAUGCAAUGAUCUCAAAUUGACCUGUGCCAUGAAGUGUGGCAAGAAAAGAUGCUCUGAGUUGAUUCAUUCUUGUAACUACUGCUAUCAGAUUUAUUUAAUUGAAGAAAGGCACUGCUCUUCUUGCCACAUGAUUUUUAAAUCUAUUCACAAUUUUUCUGACCACACAUCACAAUGCGAGGAGAAGAGAAGAACUGAUCAUAACUGGAAGAUGCAAACUGCAGAUCAUUCUGUUCCUGUAGGAAUGAGAUUGCUCAAAUUGCAGUUAUCAACCAUUGAGGCUUCUAUUCCACCAGAAGCAAUACAACCAUUUUGGACUGAUGGUUAUCGAAAAUCUUGGGGUGUAAAGUUGCACUCUACAGCUUCCUUGGAGGAAAUAUUCCAGAUGUUGACACUGCUGGAAGGUGCAAUAAAACGGGACUACCUAUCUUCAGAUUUUGAAACAACAAACGAGUUGCUUAACAUAAACACACAAGAUACUGCAUCCCAGAAUCAUGUUGGACUGUCUGGAUCUGGUGCUUCACUUCCAUGGCUUCCUGCCACUACUGCUGCAAUCGCACUACGAACGUUAGACCUAGACUCAGCAGUCUCAUACAUACAAAAUCAAAAGAUGGAGAGAGACGGUGGUGAUUUCAUGAAGGCUCCAUCAAGGUUUGCAGUUGUUAAGAAUGCACAAGAAUUAGAGCCACUGGAAGCAACUGGUUUUGACUUGUAUGAUGGAAGGUUGGCUGCUGGUAGUGGCCGUCGGGGUCGUGGACGAGGAAGUAGAGGAGGAGGUAGCAGGGGAGGCAGAGGCCGAAGUCGAGGUGGGAGGGUCCCAAGAGGUAUUAGUAGCUCAUCUAGGAUCGGAUUUAAGGAUGAAAAUGAAUCCUCAAGGAAGAACGCUCGUCGAGGGCGUACUACUCGUGGUCGCAGGCGAGGACGCCGAACUGUUAGGCCACGGCAACCAUCUGAGGGCAGAGGCAGAUCGAUUCCCAAGGAAAAUCUGUUGGGGAGCUUUAGCAUGCUUAGCAAUGCAAAACCUGCCACUGUUGAGGAGUCUCCAAGGAGCUCAGGUGCUGAUGAGUGGGGCUUGGAGAACAGAAGGCCGUACAUUGAAGGUGAUGAGAACAGUUCUGGAUCUCAGUUAGAUCAAUCAGAAGAUAAUGAGGAAAACAGCCAACCCAUGGACGAGGAAUAUGAUGAGCAGGUUCCAAAUUUUUCUAGAGGCUAUUCUAGUGGCUCCAGGCCCCAUGGCAUGAUAGAUGAUGAAAGCGAAGAGGAGGAUGAAGAUGCUGAAGGUGAUGAUGACGGGGAGGAAGAUGAUGUGGACCAUGCGGUUGAUGAUGUUGACGCUGAGAUGGACGACGAUGAUGAUAUAGGUGAUGAUGGUGAAGAUGGUGGUGAUGGUGCAGAGGCGAAUGCUGAUGAAGAUAAUGGCGCUUCCUCGUAUUCAUCUGAGUACAGCGACUAAGAUUGGCAAGAAGAGGCCUUAGGCGUACUAUGCCGUAUCCCUAAAUUUCCAGUGGAUGUUUAAUGCUGAUGAAGAUAAUGGCGCUUCCUCGUAUUCAUCUGAGUACUAUUAAAGUAGUGGCCAUUAUUUUCCUUUGUGGAUGAAAUGCUAGGGGCGGAUCGAACUGUUUGAUAGGUGGGCUGUGGGCAUGUAGUAAUGCCGGCAUCUUUUGAUUUUUCUCGGCGUAGCGAAGCUGUCCAGAUUACUGGGCAAGUGGGCAGUGUGAAGCUGUGUUCAGACUACUGGGCACUGUGAAGCUUUACUUUGCUGGUUUAAUAUGUUGUGAUUGAUGCAUACAAUGUGCCAAGGCAAAGUAUAAGUUUACCUGAAUGGUUGCCCAACAUGUGUUAGUGUUUUUGCUUCGUUAAAUCUAUUGUAUGCUUUAGGUGAUACUGCCGGGUAUAAUUUGCGAGAAGCCUACGAUUUUUGUAUCAUGCAAAUUCAGGGUGAUGGGAGUUAGAUUCGUUUACUGUAAAUGAAGGUGAGAAGUCUCCAAAUUAUUGUUUGGAUGAGCUAAUGCUUUAGCAGUCAAUCAGUUGCGCAAAGAAAUUAUGUUUAACUGUCCUUUAUUCUUUUGCA